AUGGGUGGUCACGUCAACAAGAUUCCAUACCCCAAGCAUGUCUGGUCACCUGCGGGUGGUUGGUACAGCCAGCCUGCGAACUGGAAGAGGAACACCUUUGUCCUCGGCGCUGCGGUGUUUGGCAUCACCUGCGUAAUAUGGAAGAUCAGCGCGGAGAAGGAGCAGUUCGCCCACAGGCCGGAGCCCGAACGUUUCUAUCCUAGCCGAGGAUACGAAAACAAGCUGGUGUUCUGCGAUACUUGUGGGCAAAACCUCCCACUCUCCGGUAUACUGUAUCCCCAAGCCAUUGGCCCAUUUUACGACGAAGAGACGGUACGUAAGACGAAAGAUAUAGAACGCCUCUCCCCCAAGGCGCCGGCUGCCCCACGUCGAUAUGCCUCAACCCAGUCUUCCAGCGCGGGAGGCGGCUUCAAAGUCCUGCUCUAUGGAGCCGCUACGGUUGUCGUCGCAGGUGCGGGAUAUAUAUACUUUACCGACACGCGCUCCGCCUUCCACCGCUUCGUCGUGCCUCCCAUGCUCGAACAAUUUUCCCCGACGCCGAAGAUGCCCACCACGCGGGAAGGGCGGGCCCUCGCCAGCUCCGACGAACCUAGUCUCGCCGUUCGCGUGCACAAUACCACGCUCGACAACCCCAUCGGUAUCAGCGCCGGCCUCGACAAGGACGCCGCAAUCCCCGACGCCCUCUUCGCCCUCGGCGCGGGCAUCGUCGAGGUUGGCGGCUGCACGCCCAAGCCCCAGCCCGGCAACGCGAGACCCAGAUGUUGGAGGACCCCGACCAUCGACGGAAUGGUGAACUGUUACGGCCUAAACUCGCUCGGCGCAGACGCCAUGGCCAGAACGCUCCGCGAGCGGGUACGAAUCUAUGCACGAUCCCACGGCAUCACGGAGGAGGACGUCCUGAGCGGCAGAGCCGGCGUCCCGGUGGGAAGCUUACUGCCCGGCCGUCUCCUCUGCGUCCAAGUCGCCAAGAACAAGGACACGAGCGAGCAGGACGCUGCUUCCGAUUACGCAUUUUGCGCCAGCAGACUCGCGCGCUACGCCGACGUCAUCGUGGUCAACGUCAGCAGCCCCAACACCGCUGGCCUCCGGGACCUGCAAUCCGGCGACAAGCUUGUCGGCCUCUUGGGCGCUGUCGUCCAGGCGGUUGAGACGUCCACCAAGGGCGUGCGCGCCACCCCGCCCAAGGUCAUGGUCAAGGUCUCCCCGACGAGGAUGACGAGCGUUGCCAUCACUAACAAGGAAAAGUCUAUCUUGAUGAUGCCGGAUGGCGGCUUCUCUGGCCCCUCGAUGUACAACCGCACUCUCGAGCUCGUCAAGAAGUAUAGGAAAUGGAUUGACGUCCCUGCCUUCAAGGAUAAGGAAAGGAAGGUCAUCUUUGCCAGUGGUGGACUCACUAACGGAAAAGAAGCCCUGGAGCUCCAGAACGCCGGAGCGGAUGUGGCCAUGCUCUACACAAACUUGGUCUACGGCGGUGCAGGAACUGUCACACGGAUAAAGGAUGAGAUGAAAAAUGAGAUCAAGGGCGUCAAGAAGGAGUAA